UUAAGAGCAGAAAUUGCUCAAAUCCCUCCUGUCGCCCGUCCACCGCCCGGGCAUCAAUACUCUCCGGUGGUGCAAAAAUGGACCAAAUCGAGAAAAAAACUAAAGCGGAACCUUAAAAGGGAAGAAGAAGUCGAGGAAUGGCGGGCGAGAAGUGCGUUACAGGAAGUCAAGCAUGGUUCUGCACCACCGGCUUGCCUAGCGAUGUUGUCGUCGAAGUUGAUGGCAUGAGCUUCCAUCUCCACAAGUUCCCGUUGAUGUUGAAGAGCCGCAAACUCCACGAACUGCUAUCGGAACCGGAGCACGAGGAGGAAGACGGAGAGAUAGAUGAAAGCGACAUCCGUCGGAUCUCGCUCCAUGACUUCCCCGGCGUAUCGGCAACCUUCGAAGCUGCGGCCAAGUUCUGCUACGGUGUCAGGAUCGAUGUCUCCUCAACCACCGUUGCCCCUCUCCGAUGCGCUGCCGAAUACCUCGAGAUGACUGAAGAUUUCGCCGAGGAUAACCUCGUUAGUCGUACGGAGCUAUUCCUCACUCAAUCCGUCUUCCGUAGCCUCUCCCAAUCCGUGAAAGUCCUCAAGACCUGCGAGACUCUGCUUCCUCUCGCGGAAGAUCUCGGCAUCGCGCAGCGAUGCAUCGACAUCAUAGUCACUGGCGCCUGUGCCACCGAGGUAAGCUCUCUCUUCAGCUGGCCGGUUUCAGAUCGCCACAAAAAUGGGAUCCGCUCGGCUACCUGGAUGGAAGACCUCACGAUUUUGAAUCUACCUUUCUACAAGCGUGUGAUAUCCGCGAUGAAGGAGAGAAACCCUAGCACGGAGCUCAUAGAGGGGUCUCUUGUCUCAUAUGCCAAUAGAACCAUCCCCGGGCUCUCGCGAUCCAAACGGAAUCUCAAAACGGCGCCGCCUCCGGCCGAGCCAGCGCAGUUAGAUCUACUUGAAACAAUAAUCACCAAUCUCUCUCCCGCGAGAAGCUCCGUUUUCAUCAACGCCCAGUUUCUCUUCGGCUUACUUCGCACCGCGAACAUCCUUCACGCGCCGGAGUCGCUUAGAACGGCAUUGGAGAAAAAGAUCGCCGCGCAGCUCGAGCAGGCGACGCUCGACGAUCUCUUGAUGCCGAGCUAUUCUUACCUCGUAGAGACGCUGUACGACGUGGAGGCGGUGGAACGGGUUCUUCGAUACUUCAUUGAAGAGGCGUCUUCUGCGAUUACAGCCGAGAAUGUGUCGGAGAACGAAGAGAGAUCGCCGGCUGGAAACGGCGAUCCGUUCCUGACGGUGGGGAGGCUGGUGGACGGCUACCUGGCGGAGGUGGCCUCGGAUGCUAACCUUCGGGUUGAUAAGUUCUGCGACAUUGCGCUUGCUCUGCCCGACCAUUCUCGGGUUUACGACGAUGGCCUGUACCGCGCCGUCGAUGUCUAUCUAAAGGCACACCCAGCACUGACGGAGUCUGAGAAGGAGAAGGUAUGCGGCGUAAUGAACUUCCGAAAGCUGACCCUCGAAGCAUGCACGCAUGCCGCGCAGAACGAGAGGCUCCCACUGCGGGCGGUGGUUCAGGUGCUCUUCUUCGAGCAGCUACAGUUGCGGCAGGCGAUUGCCGGGACAAUCUUGACGGCGGAGGACGAAGAUCAACCGACAGCGCCGCCGCCGCCGCCCUCCACCGAGGGAGGGAGGUGGCGAGUGGCGGCGCACGAGAACCAGCUCCUGAGGCUGGGCAUGGAUAGCAUGAAGAACAGGGUGCAGGAUCUGGAACGAGAGUGCUCCAGUAUGCGUCGGGCGAUUGAGAGGAUUGAUCGAAGCGGGGAGGCCGGCGGACGGUGGCAGCGGCGGCGGAGACCGCCGCCGGCAGGAGGGUGGGGGUGGAGGAAGCUGGGGUGCAAGUCAAGGUUGCAGGUUUUUGAUUCACGAGAGGCGGCGCCGAAGAGAUCCGUUGAGGAACAGAGCUAGUAGGAUUUGAAAUAGUGAAAAGAUGAAAUCUUUGGCUUUAUGUUCUCUCUGUGGUUGAAUUUUGCUGCCUAAUAAUAUUUGCAUUCUGUUCGUUGGAUCAAAUAAUUCACCUAUUGAAUAUAUCGAAGCCUAA